AUGGCAGCUCUAGAAGCUGGCAACCCACGAGCACCUGAGGCCCUCAGCCUAGAGAUCUCCGGUAGCCACGACGAACUCGGUGUCAAUUACUCCCAGAGGGCACAAUGGCUUCGAGCUGCAGUUCUUGGAGCCAACGAUGGAUUGAUAUCAGUUUCAUCUUUGAUGUUGGGAGUUGGAGCAGUUAAACAAGAUGUGAAAUCUAUGAUCCUUACUGGUUUUGCAGGGAUGGUUGCUGGUGCAUGUAGUAUGGCAAUAGAGUUUGUAUCAGUUUAUUCACAGAAGGAUAUAGAGGUGUCUCAGAUGAAGAGACAAAAUGAGGAGGAGAAUGGAAAACAAAGUGAGGAUGAGGGAGAGAAUGAAGAUUUGCCAAACCCAUUCAAGGCAGCUGCAGCAUCUGCUCUUGCAUUUGUAGUUGGAGCUAUGUUGCCAUUGAUAUCAGCAUCGUUUAUACAGUCAUAUAAGGCGAGGUUGGGGGUGGUGAUUGCAGUGGCAAGCUUGGCGUUGGUAAUGUUUGGAGGGUUAGCUGCAUUUCUUGGGAAAGCACCUGUGAAGAGAUCUUGUUUGAGGAUCCUGACGGGGGGUUUGCUGGCUAUGGCCAUAACCUAUGGAUUGACCAAAUUGAUUGGACUUGCUGGAGUCCAAGGUUUGAUGGACAUAUCGAACAAGUCAGGUGUUAGUAGGGGUGUGGUCUUUGACUAG